AUGGCGGAGCGCCCACAGGCACAAGAUCCCAGCGGCUUGUCGACGCAGUUCCGCAGUGCGUUACAAGACCUCAGCGACGAAUCGAGCUUCGUCGUCGUUCGCACCCCUUACGCUGUUGAUAGUGACGAAGCACAAUGGGCCGCCGCCUUGGUGAAGCUGCGUGCCUACGCCACGCCGGACGAAGAUGACGCCGAGAUGGAUCCGGACACCCUUAAGCUGCCCCCCAUAGCCGACUGCAUCGUUCUACAUGAGGACGAAGAGCGGCCGUCUGACGUGCGCCGCGAAGCCCUCAUCCUCGUCGACGAGCCCGCGCUCACUUCGCUGCUCAAAGCGCCAGACUUUGUCACCGGAAAGGUCCUUAACCUCCACUCGGAGCCUUGGGUUGCCGCCGUCGACGCCAAGGGCCCAGCGAGUGUGUCGGGCGGCGGGGGAGGCCUGUACAUGGGCUUCACGAGGUCGCGCGCGCGUUCUGAGCCAGCUGGACGGUACAAGUUCCCACAGGGUACGCCGAGAGGUGCUAAUGGCGCGCAGGCCAUGUUGGAGAAGAUUGCGCGAGCUAUUGGCACGGCGGAUGGUUCAGGGAGUUGA